AUGCCAGAAGAAAAAGACGUGCAACACCAAAGCCAAAAGAAACAGACGUGCAACACCAAUGCCAGAAGAAAAAGACGAGCAACACCGAGGCCAAAAGAAACAGACGUGCAACACCGAGGCCAAAAGAAACAGACGUGCAACACCGAGGCCAAAAGAAACAGACGAGCAACACCGAGGCAAAAAGAAACAGACGUGCAACACCGAGGCCAAAAGAAACAGACGUGCAACACCGAGGCCAAAAGAAACAGACGAGCAUCACCGAGGCCAAAAGAAACAGACGUGCAACACCGAGGCCAAAAGAAACAGACGAGCAACACCGAGGCAAAAAGAAACAAACGUGCAACACCAAAGCCAAAAGAAACAGACGUGCAACACCAAUGCCAGAAGAAAAAGACGAGCAACGCCGAGGCCAAAAGAAACAGACGUGCAACACCGAGGCCAAAAGAAACAGACGUGCAUCACCAAGGCCAAAAGAAACAGACGUGCAACACCGAGGCCACAAGAAACAGACGUGCAACACCGAGGCCAAAAGAAACAGACGUGCAACACCGAGGCCAAAAGAAACAGACGUGCAACACCGAGGCCAAAAGAAACAGACGUGCAUCACCGAGGCCAAAAGAAACAGACGUGCAACACCGAGGCCAAAAGAAACAGACGUGUAACACCGAGGCCAAAAGAAACAGACGUGUAACACCAAGGCCAAAAGAAACAGACGUGCAACACCGAGGCAAAAAGAAACAAACGUGCAACACCAAAGCCAAAAGAAACAGACGUGCAACACCAAUGCCAGAAGAAAAAGACGUGCAACACCGAGGCCAAAAGAAAAAGACGAGCAACACCGAGGCCAAAAGAAACAGACGUGCAACACCGAGGCCAAAAGAAACAGACGUGCAUCACCAAGGCCAAAAGAAACAGACGUGCAACACCGAGGCCAAAAGAAACAGACGUGCAACACCAAGGCCAAAAGAAACAGACGUGCAACACCGAGGUCAAAAGAAACAGACGUGCAUCACCAAGGCCAAAAGAAACAGACGUGCAACACCGAGGCCAAAAGAAACAGACGUGCAACACCGAGGCCAAAAGAAACAGACGUGUAACACCGAGGCCAAAAGAAACAGACGUGUAACACCAAGGCCAAAAGAAACAGACGUGCAACACCGAGGCCAAAAGAAACAGACGUGUAACACCGAGGCCAAAAGAAACAGACGUGCAAUUCCGAGGCCAAAAGAAACAGACGUGUAA